AUGGCUGCCGUGAACACUCCACCGCCCGUUGGGGCCCCCUCUUACCGCAUCGCUGGGUUUUAUGUAACAAGCUCAGCAGGGAUUAUUGUCCAUCGAGUGAGUUACAACUUACAACGAGUCUUGUCACCUACUGAACUCAAAACCCUAUCACUCAUCUAUCUCAAAGAACAGCACGUUACAAGAUCCAUCACCAUGCGUGCCUCCGUCUAUUACUUCGCCCUAGCUGGCCUCACAACCCUCUCCCAAGCCAGCCCGAUAGCCAACCCUGAUCCCCCGACAGACCCCCGAGGUCUCAUCACCAGAAGCCUCCCAAACCUGUUAACCCCCGGCUCUGAGACCCUCCCGACAAAGAGACAGUCAAUACCGUCUGCUCAGCAGGCAGCCGCCGCCGCCGCCGGUCAGAUCAAUAACGCCACCCGCAACGUGACACUCGUCGUGGAAAAGGGAGACACCCUAGGCCAGAUCGCAAAGCUCCUGAACUCGGGCAUUUGCGAUAUCGCCAAACAGAACAAGAUCGCGGACCCCAACUUCAUUCUCCCCGGCCAGAAGCUGGACGUCACCAUCAACCUCGCGAACCCGGACAACAACUCCUGCCUCAACCUCGCCGGCGCUAUUCCGCCUGCCAACAACUCCACCGGGUCCGGUGGGGACAAGAAGGACGGCAAGAAGAACAAGAAUUAGCAACGGAGCGCGAGCCUCUUCUUGGGGCAUGAGAACCAGACAGCCUGGAUAAAAAUACGUCAUUGACAAGGCGAUUUGGACGGCAAAAAUACAAGUACUCAGCGACUUUUACAGAAUCCGAGAUUUGCAUCACAUCGUGGCUGGACAUCACGAGAUUCGGCAGCGGGCAUUUGGGAUUGGCACACUGGAACUUGAUGUGGAAGGCGUUUGUUGUACUAUCAUCAUUAUUAUACCUGGCUGGAUCAGUCU